UUACUGCCACUUUACAGAUAUUGUAUCAAGUAAGUGGUUGUUUGGUUGCUUCAAGAUGCAAUUUAGCUGUUUCUAUCAUGAAAUCAUGAUUUUGCAAUUGUAUUUCUGUGUAAUUCUGAUUGUGUGGCAUGUUUAGUGUUGUCUGUAAUCCAUUGGUAUUGCUACCUAUUUUGACAAAUCAAUAUUAUUUAACUGUAGACAAGAACAAUCUUCAAAGAUCCAUAUUAAUAUAUACACAUCUGAGACUGUAGACGGCCCUAUAGUCUCAGAUGUUUAUCCAUUGAAAUGAGAACAGUCAAACUUCUACUCCGCCCCGCACACACGGCCCCUCCCCAAUCUCCAGUGACAUCCAACAAUCUGUGCACACAACUUUACUCUCCAUCUCAUCACCUCGACAAGCUGGAAACAUUAUCUCACGCUCCGGGAAUGGGAACUUUACUAGGUUCAAAGAAAAACUUUGAGUUCUUUCGCAUUUACGCUCUACAGAAGCUACUUUUCAAAUUGCAGGGAUAGUUGUUACUGCAGGUGCGAAGUGACAUCAACCAGGCAUUCACUGGCCAAUGACUUCCAAGACGCACCACACGGUGUAAGGGGGUUUCAGACGGUAGGAAUCCGUUUAGCACCACGUAGGCGGUCUAAAAUUGACGAUUCUGAGAUUGUUGUAAUUACAGGGAACAGUUACUUUAACCAAGGCGUGCGUAACAUGUUUGCGUAAAGUUGGAGCUGACGCGCACGGUCCAAAGGUAGUUGCAGUGGGCACCUAAUAUAAGUACGUAUACAAGACAAUAAGUGUGCUAACUUUUUAGCCUGUGCUAAGUGUUAAUACCUUAACAACCAUGGCAAGAUGGUUCAGAGAUUUCCCUAUCAACCUAAAGAACGGGAAUGAACGGGUCCGCUCGGCCUCUGAAUCUGGUCCACAAACUCGCACCAAACCAUCGUUUUCUCGUGACAGCCUAAAAGGAAAUCCGCGAAAAGAUGGGGGAGUUGGGGGUUUACUUGCAGGGAGAAACAGGAAAAAUUCGGCUACAGAAUUGGGUCGUAACACCAUUGGUUCUGGUGGGACAAUCUGGGAUAGUCUCACACCUGGAAAAGGUCGCAAAAACUCCAAGGUCGAGACUUGGACGUCAGAUGAGAACCGUCAGGUUCGGACCUCUAGUCUGGCGCAAGCGUACAUCAGCAGGAUGAUCAAGGUGGACAAACAAGACAAGACCCCCAAACUCAACGGGAUAAGUGAACAGAAGCAGCCCGAGAACGUAAAGGGAAGUUCUGACAUUAAAACAACGCUGAUCAUCCUGGAGGACUACGCAGAUCCUUUUGAUGCGGAGAACACCAAGGAGCAGAGGGAGGCUGAGAGAGCAGGAGUGAAUGAUGGGUACAUGGAGCCUUAUGACGCUCAGGUCAUCAUCACAGAGGUUCGUAGACGUGGUUCCAAAGACCUCCUGAAAGUGUGCGUUCUGCUGGACCGAGGCAAGACGGAGGGGAAGGGGGACGAGGGGAAACCCCCCCUCCCUAACAUCUACGACACACCCUAUGAGGGCGGGCUGGAAGGCGACAGUGGGGGGGUGUGGAUCCCUGUCACGCGGCCAGAGUCUGACGCCCGUCCCGCCGGAGAGUACGAACUGCCCUGGGAGUGGAGAAAGGAGGACAUUGUUCGAGCGCUGUCAGCUCAGUUUGAGGCCGUGGAUUGUUCUCCCACUAAAGAGAACGGUUCAACCUCCACCCGCCAGCAGCAGCAGCAGCACACCCUGAGGCAGAAGAACUGGAACCAUAAAAUACUCGUACCAGCUUCUCCAUCCUCCUCUUCUUCUCCCUCCUUUCCCUCCUCUCCUAUUCUCAAACUCUCCCCUCUCUCACCCCCAUCUCCCUCCUUCCCCACCCUAAAGCUAUCACCCCUCUCACCCUCUUCUAGUCCCAACAAACUUUCUCCUCCAUCUCCUACCUCCCCCAGUGCCCCAUUGGAAGGGGAGGCAGCCAAAGUGGACCCCAGCCUGUCCCUGGAGAAGCAGAGCUGGUACCAUGGCAGUGUGAGCCGGCAACAGGCGGAAGCUCAGCUGCAGCGCUGCAGAGAAGCCAGCUUCCUGGUGAGGGACAGCGAAUCAGGAACCAGCAAGUACUCCAUCGCUCUGAAGACCAGUCAGAGUUGUGUGCACAUCAUUGUGGCCCAGACGAAGAGCGUUAAGUGUUUGGGCUUCACGCUGGAUCAGAGCAGCUGUGUCUUCCCCAGCAUCCCUGAGCUGGUCCACCACUACUGCACGCACAGACUGCCCUUCACUGGAGCAGCGCAUAUGACCUUGCAGCAUCCUGUGCCCAGGCCGCACUGAACAUACGUAAAGGACGAACUAACACGCUGGGACAUGAAUAUACACUUGCAUACAUGUAUUACACAUGUAUUACACAUGUAUGCACACAUGCACACAGACGUACGCACAUUAACUUGUCAAUACAUGUGUGCACACAUACUCAAAGAUAUGCUGCUUAGGAUCGUCCUGCGUACAACCUUUUUUUUCAAAUGUUUGUAUCUCUUACAUGCGCUACAAUGAUCAAAGGCAUACCUUACAAUAACCGUUGAUGACAUUGUUAUAUUUGUGUCCAGUCCAAACACCGUCCUGAAUGUAUUCAUAGUUACAGGAAAACCAUCCCUUCUUCUUCCCAGCCCGGUGUCUUUGUUCGCCCAUUGUCUUGUCCAGCCGCCCUGCAGGCAUGAUAAUGUUUUGGCCAUUCAGUGUCAUUGAUUUCUAUAAUUCCUGAAAUAAAUCCCAUGAAGCCCUACGCUUACUGUAAUCAAUCGGAUAUUUGAUUGAAAUGGAGAGGUUUGUAAUCUUUUUUUAGACAGAGGUGGGGACACCAUGAAUUCGCUCCAUGCCAAUUCGGCUUGGUCUGUGAGGUCAAUACACCUGAUUAGAGUAUAUUCAUGCAUCCACCUGACAUUUCAAUCAGCCUAUUGAUCCAUCCUGAAAAUCAGGCUCAUUCGCCACCCUCUGACCGUCAAGAGAAAGAGCUUUAUUGAUUUGGUGAUUAGAACUUGGGAGGGGUCUUAUAACAUUACAGUGCCCGGUCAGAGUGUGUGUAAGUGCAAAAUAAAUAUGUGAAUGUCAAUUCAUGAACCUUCACUGGAAUCUAAAUGAAUCUGUGAUUAAAAAGCUAUCUUACUUUAUUGUGAAUGAACUGAAAACGUAACCCUGAAAUGUAUCUGCUGUAUGCAUACAUGAUGUGUGUAUAAAGUGCUUGUUGGAUUGUU